UCGCCAGUCCGCGAGCGACCGCCGCCUGCGCAGCCCGUGCGUGGAAGCCUCGGCGAUGAAGAGUCUGUGGCCCGGGGUCGAUUCCAGACCCAGGUGUUCCAGCAGUCGGUUACUCUGACAGCGAAGAUGUGGCCUGAUGACAGCGGCACAGUGCCUCCGAGUUCUGCGGGUGGCUGGAAGUGGGGCAGCUGGCGCAUUCCGAGUGAGUACCUGCCGCUGCUGGUGGGGGCGGUGUGCGGCGGUGCGCUCCUCCUGCUCGUCCUCAUCGCCCUCAUUGUCUGGCGCUGCUGUGUUAUGCCACGACGAGACAAGGCCUAUUGUGCAAGAGAAGAGAUGGCAGCAAGACAAAGAAGUGGUGUACCUGUUAUGCCAAGCCACUCUGCUGUGUACGCAGCCCCAAAAAGUGGGCAGUGGGCAUACAGCAGCCGUCUGGUAGUACCUGCAAACCCUGCUGCAGCAGCAGCAGUGGCUCCUAUUGUCACUGGCUCCCACUGGUUCUACAACAGCAGGGUGCUCAGUCCUAACAACCUUGAACGACUAGACCCCUGUCCCUUGCCAAGAUCUGUCAGCUGUAUGCAGGACCAAAACCAAGUCCCUCAGAGUUGUGCAGACAAGAGGCGCAGACCAAUAAGCCAACCAAUCAGGUUUGGUCCUUGUGAUGUUGCAACUGGUGGAGAACCGAGGGGAAACCAUUUGCCAGAAAUUUCAGAGUUCAAUGCACACAGUAGCCAAUAUGCCUCGAGCAGCAUUCUGGAUGAGGUUGGCACACGUGGGGGUGAUCCACCCCCUGGCCCUACUGUGCUCAAGACGAGGAGCCUCCCCGCCUGGGUCAGGUCGAGAUCUCGGCCUCUCUCCACAGAAGAUAAUCUUGCUGAGCUUUACGCUAAGGUGAACUUCAGCAAGAAGAGAAAAAACAGAAUGAGAAAUGAUGAGGCUGCCAUCAUUGCUCUCAGUAAAUCAAGGAGUCAGUAUUUACACAAAGACACAGAUUCUUUGGUUGAUAAUGAAGCAGUAAUAGUGUAUGAUGAACGGACUGCUCUGUGAGAAGAUAAUGUUUUCCUUCAUUCUCUUAUCCUUCACUCUCCAGCUGAAGCAGUGGAACUUUUGUGCAAAAAGUCUCAGUGACAAAUGAUUGUACACAAAAUGUCUGAGAAUGUUUGCAUUGUUAUGCCAGUGAUGAUAAAACUUAAUUUUUGUUCUGGAAGUUUGAUAACAGCUCUGAUGAAAGCAGAGACAGGAACAUAAGAAAGGCUUUUGGAAGUUCUUUUGAGAGAACAUGCAAAAGUCUCAGAGGCCAUUUUCUGAAUGUUUGAAAAGAGUGAGGAGAUACGUUAUUUUCUGAGUAUAAAUUUCAUUAAAACUAUCUUUGUUAGACAGUUCCACCGAUAGUGUAGAGUUUUUCUCUAAUGAUGUGACUUUUGAGCUAUUACUACAAAGAUGAUAACAAAAUACCAUAUAAAAGCCAUCUGUAUUUCAGGUAAUUUCUGUUGCUUUCACUAUUUGACAGAAGACCACAGCAACAAACUAUGUAAUAAAUAUGCUGGAACUAAGCUUUUACAAAAGUUCUGAGAUGAUUGUGUAAUCAUCAGCAUACUUAGUUAUUGUAAUGUAAGUUUCCCUCUACUAAGCUGGGGCAGUUUAGAGAAAUAACAUUCAAAACUCAAGUGACUGCUUUGUUUCAAAACUUCCCUUGUGUAGCUCCCCAUAAAUAAAGUUUACAUUCUGAGGAGUGAGUAUCCAGUGUUAAUAGUCAAGGCAGCAUAAGAUGAUCCCUGACAGCUAAGAGUGCUUUCAACUGCUAGGUGCAGAUGGCUGCAGGUGAAAACAAUAGCCACCAAUAGAGCUGUGACAACAGUGAGGCAUUGCCACAGAGACAUUUACAAAACCGUGUUGUGUGAUUGGUUGAAGUGGAUGUGCAAAGCAGUUGUGCCCAGCCUCCUGUAACUAUCAUGGAUCACCUUACCCUGACUCUAUUAUACUAAUAUUGAAAAUAUGAAGUAUUUUUCAUUCUCGACAAAUUAUGUCGUAGAAAUAUGAAAAAAAGUCAUCUGCUUUAAGUGGCAUAAUUGUUUUGUGGAAUAAACUAUUAUGUUGUAAAUCACAGUCAACAAUAUUUUUAAUGAACAGUAUGAGUUAGCAAGACAAUCAAAGCUAGUGCUAUGAUGUACUCUGUAAAUAAUAGAAAACAUCUUUGCAAUACAUAUCACCAUAUUUUUCAAAAUUAUCAUCUUGUUCAUCUUGGAUAGCAGCUAAAAACAGUCACUCAUAGAGGGCAACCCCACAUAUCAAUGGACUGUCAAUAAUAACACCCAGACUGUGAUAUCAUAAGUUUGCUAAAGUAACCAUUUGUGUCAAUUCUUGGUAAAUAUGUAAAAGAAAAAAGAUUAAAAAGUGUGAAUUGUGAGUAUGCAACUGAAUGAUGAGCUUGAAUCAACAAUAGUAAUGUAUUUAUCAUCCUAAUUUCUAGUCAUGCUCAGUAGAAGCAGAUUGUGUAAAUAAAGUUAGAAUGGAAUAGCACAAAUUCUUAUCCUUUGUCUGAAUUAUAAUGCUUUACAUAAAGCAUUUGUCUGAACUUUAUAUUUGAUCAAUUACAAAGUGAGAUUUUUUUCUAUCUUCGGUCCAAAGUGAUGAUAGUGAUUACUGGACAAUUUUGAACAGUGUAAACAUUUGUAAAUAUGCUGUCUUUGCACAUUCUUUCACUGGAAAGCAAUAUGACUGAUAACUGGCAGGAACAUUGUAUCUGCUAUCUGCACUUACUGACAUUUGGUUUCUGAAUGAUUUUUCUCAGAGUAAUAAAGGAGAUUUUUAAUUAGAUACAAAUGUUUCUCUUUUUGGAAUUUUUAUCUCUUGAUGACAGAAUACAUGCAGGAAUUGUGUUUACCAGAUGUCUUUAAGUAUAAAAGUAUUUGAUAGUAGGACAAUAAGACUAUGAUGUGUAUUUUAAGUAGAUCAAUAAGCAGGAUAUAAUAUAUAGCUAAUAGUUGAAAUUACAAUGUAAUGGGCCUAUUAACUGUGAUUGAGACACAGAAAGUACAAGAUCCUGUAUCAAUUCUGAGGUAAAAGUCACUUUUUUGUACUAAUUCUAGUUGCAGAACUUUGAUAAUAUAAAUAAAAUUGUCUGGCUUCCAAAACAGACACAUUCAGGUAUUCCUGUCAGGACUGAUGAUGGAACAUAAAAUAUUUGCAAUAAAAGUUAUAUAUAUAUUUCAAUAUGUAAUUGCUGUAAUUGGUCAUUGGAGCAAAUAAUGAUCUCACAAAACUA